AAAAAUAUGGAUUUCUAUAUGAUACGUUUUGUGAUCCAUUGAUAGUAACUUCUCUGAAAGUUCCAGCUCAGACUGGCUUUCUUGCUUCUCAAGAGGAGACAGACUUCUGUGCUAACAAAGUAAUGAGUGUGCUAUGAUAGAGGGCACCUAGGAGGGACACCUACCUAGACCUGGGAGUUGUCAGGAUGUGCUUCCCGGAAGAAUUGACAUUGGCGUCUAAGCUCAGAACUGAAAGAUGAGUAAAGUUAGCCAGGGAAAGUUAUGAGGAAGGGAGUAAGGAGAUGAGAGAAUAGCUCCACUCUGGGAACUGAAAGAAGCUUCAUCUGGCUGACUCUGAAACUGAAUCCUACACUGUACUUAGAUCUACUAAAGAUGGGUGUAUAUGAUUAUUGUCUCUUUAGGUUUUAACUCUUUCAUAGAAAUGAUCUUACAGUGUCCCUUUAUAGUAACAGCUGAAUAGAAUUUAUUUGCUGGUCAUUAAUAUCUCUUCUUCCUUAUCUAGCAUAGAUAUAUUUUGCUUAUUAGAGGUAAUGCAAGAAUUGUUUUCUUUACACAUUGGUUCAUUUUAUUAAUUGUGUUCUCUUUAGUCUGCAUCUGCUCUAUAACUACUGGCUGCCUCCUUCAUGUCCUUUUCACAGAUUAUUAAGAGAACUGGACAGUUGGUUUUGAAGGGGUUUUUGUUUGCUUUUGUCUGUAAAAACAUUUAAUUUGGCAUGGUUUCAGAUAUUUGGAAUGUGUUUAUAAGGUAACAUGGGGGCAUCUCAUUUCUGCUUAGUUUAGGGAGGAUGGGGAGAAAUCUGGGAAAAUGUUAGGGUCGGGAGUUCCAGAAUAGAGAGAGUAUCCAGAAUGGCACUUGGCACAAAAUAGACCCUCAAUAGAUAGCUGCUGGACAAAUGAAUGUGCACAUUAGUAUAGGCAGAACACAGUAAGAGAAGGGAAGAAGAUGAAAGUAAAUGGCAUACUGCUAGGUUAGGGUCUAUAAGCUGAUGACUGGAAAGUGAGUCUCUUAAGAAAACAGCAGGCAUCCAUAAGAAGGCAGGAGCCUAGAUGUACAGUCUCUCACCAACUGUGCUUUGCUAAAUGAGACUUUGUUAUCACAUAAUUUUAUAAUCAUGUAUCAGAACUUGGUAAAAACCUUAGUAAGCUUCAUUCAGUUUAGUCCCCAUAAACAAAAAAUACUCCUACUUACCCCUGUACACCAUGUGGGAGAUCUGUGGGAUAGAUUACAGAAAGAGAUCAGGCUCUGAAAAAUAGACCUACCCGCAGGCACUGAGCUAAUGGAAGAAGACUAGGCAAGUACAGUAUUGGGCUCAAGACUUGUGAAAAUGCUGUUCAAAAACUUGUGGGGAGAAUCAGCUUUCAGCAGAUCACUACAUCAUAGCAGUAUUUUCCUGCAGUAAAUAAUCGAAGAAGGUAAUUGAGGAGAAGGAUAUUAUAAUUGUUGCCAAGGUUUUUAGUGCCAGUCAAUUUGAUUGGUAUUGGAAAUACAUGCUGACUAUAACAUUUAGUUGUUGAUUUUUUUAAGUAACUUCUUCCCCCUCUGUUUUCUACUCCGCUUUUCUACAAGAUUGUGGUUUGCCAACUACAGAACUUUUUUAGGAUUGUAACUUUUAAGGUUUGCAAAAAAUUCCUAUAUAUUGUAGAGCUCUGCUGCCUAAAAGAGGGGAAGUCAGAAGAGUUGCUGGAUGAAUAUCUAGGGGAACUUACUUUGGGAUAUGAAAGAAAUGGGUGAGCUAAGAACUUGGAGGCUCUAUAGCAAUGGUCUUAAUGCUAUCAGACCUGACUUCCCCUUAUAAAUAUUUUGAGAUACCACCUGUACUCUGCUGAAAUUCCAUAAUAAUAUGACCUACUCACAUACAUAACUCCAAAAAUAAUAUAAUGCCUUCCCUGCUUAUAAUAUAAAGGAGAAAUUUUUAAAAAGAAGGUAAUUUAUAAUAUGUAAAUGCUUAGGCAUGACUAUGUUAGAAAACUUAAUGAAGUAGUGUGAAUGCAGGAACUGCAAAUGUGGGCUGGUAUAGGUGUCUGAUAUCGAUGACUCAAAUGCCAUGAGUGCCACUGUACUGGUGAUCUGAUUUUCCAAAAUGAAAUAACUUUUAAUAAAAAGUGUAAUCUCCCUUUUAGUUACAGGGCAGGUACAGUACUUAAAAAUACAGUUUUCUUUAAAACUAUGCAAAAAAUGCUGUCUAUUUGUAAAACUAGGGCCAGGAAUUUCCAGACACUCGCAUAAACUUCUGAAAUGCCCCUAGGGGGCUGUAAUGCCCUCUUCUCCACUUUGAGAACCACUGCUGUGUAGAAUCACAUAGUGUUCUAGUGUUCUCUAUUAAGAUAGCAAUACUGACUAAUUUGGGUAAGUAUUUUUUGUUAAACAUUUUAUUAGUAGCACUAGGUUUAUUUUGAGCUAUUUAGUUUCUCCACUUGCCCUUUGGGACCAACCAUGUGUUUGUGAACCACUUGGUCGUUGAUAGAGGUACUCUUACUGUGGAGUAGAGUUUUAUUCCUGAUGAAGCAAAGAUCUGAGUGUAGCUAGAAUAAAAAAUACUGGUAAAUAUGUGAGAAAUAUAAAAGUUUUUUUCUUAUUUUUUAAUCUUCUUAAAAGAUAAUUGGCUGCUUAAGCAAAAAUAGUGACGAUAUAUUAUGUUGUUUCUAACUAAUUUAAAAAUAAAAUGUAUGACAGUAGCAGCACCAAGAAUGGAUGGAGAAAUGGAAGCUUAUACUUGCAAGGCACUUACAAUACACUUGAAAUGGGAGAAUAUCCCCUGAAGAUUGACUAUGAUAAGAGACAUGAAAAAUGCUGUAAUUGGAAACAACAAGCAGAAAGCCAACCUCAUUGUUUUAGGAGCUGUUCCAAGAUUAUUGUACUUGCUUCAGCAAGAGACCUCAAGCACAGAGCUGAAAACUGAAUGUGCAGUGGUAUUGGGAAGUCUCGCUAUGGGUACUGAAAACAAUGUCAAGUCUCUACUAGAUUGCCAUAUAAUCCCUGCCUUACUGCAAGGACUACUGUCCCCAGACCUGAAGUUCAUUGAAGCUUGCCUCCGAUGCCUGCGCACCAUCUUCACCAGUCCCGUGACUCCAGAGGAGCUACUGUAUACAGAUGCCACCGUCAUACCACACCUCAUGGCGCUGCUUAGCAGGUCCCGCUACACCCAGGAGUACAUCUGUCAGAUCUUCUCACACUGCUGUAAAGGUCCAGAUCAUCAAACAAUUUUAUUUAACCAUGGUGCAGUUCAGAAUAUUGCUCACCUACUAACCUCAGUAUCUUACAAAGUUCGAAUGCAAGCACUGAAAUGCUUCUCAGUUUUAGCUUUUGAAAACCCCCAGGUAUCAAUGACCCUGGUAAAUGUUUUGGUUGAUGGAGAAUUGUUACCACAAAUUUUUGUGAAGAUGUUGCAGAGAGAUAAACCUAUUGAGAUGCAGCUCACAUCAGCAAAAUGUUUAACUUACAUGUGUAGAGCUGGAGCAAUUCGGACAGAUGACAACUGUAUUGUGUUAAAGACAUUGCCUUGUUUGGUUCGAAUGUGCAGUAAGGAGAGAUUACUAGAGGAGAGAGUUGAAGGAGCUGAGACCCUGGCCUAUCUGAUUGAACCGGAUGUUGAGCUGCAGAGAAUCGCUAGCAUUACUGAUCACCUCAUUGCCAUGCUUGCUGAUUAUUUCAAGUAUCCCAGCUCAGUGAGUGCCAUCACUGAUAUUAAAAGGCUUGAUCAUGACUUAAAACACGCUCACGAACUUCGCCAGGCUGCAUUCAAGCUCUAUGCCUCUCUCGGAGCAAAUGAUGAAGACAUCCGGAAGAAGAUCAUUGAGACUGAAAAUAUGAUGGACCGAAUUGUGACUGGCUUGUCUGAGUCUAGUGUCAAGGUGCGGUUAGCUGCCGUCAGAUGUUUGCACAGUUUAUCUAGAUCUGUGCAGCAGCUUCGAACCAGUUUCCAGGACCACGCUGUAUGGAAACCUUUAAUGAAGGUUUUACAAAAUGCACCAGAUGAAAUCCUAGUAGUAGCAUCUUCCAUGCUAUGUAAUCUUCUUCUUGAUUUUUCUCCAAGCAAAGAGGAUGAUUUUCAUGGCCGCCUCACUCCCUGCUUUGUGAAAGUUGCUUGGAAUUGGCCAAUUUUAGAAUCAGGAGCUGUAGAGCUACUUUGUGGAUUAACCCAAAGUGAAAAUCCCGCUUUACGAGUGAAUGGAAUUUGGGCUUUAAUGUUUUCUAAUGACCUAGGACCUAGAAGAUUCUGUUCAACUUUCGGAUUCGAACAUAAGCAAGUUGCUUGGCCAUUGUGUGCCUCAGUUCUCCUAUUUAUUAUUAACAAAAGUGGACAGAAUAUGGCAUUUCAGGCUGAACAAAAAAUAAAAGCAGAUAUUUUACGAAGCUUGAGUACUGAACAGCUAUUCCGGUUAUUAUCAGAUUCAGAUUUGAAUGUGCUGAUGAAGACAUUGGGACUUCUUAGAAAUCUCCUCUCUACUCAGCCUCAUAUAGAUAAAAUAAUGAGUACUCAUGGAAAGCAAAUUAUGCAAGCCGUCACCCUUAUCCUGGAAGGGGAGCAUAACAUUGAGGUCAAAGAGCAGACACUGUGUGUCCUAGCCAACAUAGCAGAUGGGACAACGGCAAAAGAACUCAUUAUGACCAAUGAUGACAUCCUGCAGAAAAUCAAGUACUACAUGGGUCAUUCACAUGUCAAACUGCAACUUGCCGCUACGUGUUGUAUAUUAAACCUCAUAAGGAAUGAAGAGGAAGGUUCACAAGAACGCCAGGAUAAAUUACGAGACAUGGGCAUCGUAGACAUUCUACACAAACUGAGUCAAUCACCAGAUUUAAACCUUUCUGAGAAGGCAAAGAAGGCACUGCAGCAGUACCUGGCGUGACGGGAGCGCCCUGGGCACCUGCGAGCAUCCCCGUCCUUGUUAAAGGAAGUACAGGAACUAGCCUCAUUUGAUUCCUUCUAUUUGCACAAGUCACCUUGGACUGCAGGGAGCUGUUUUGCAAAAGCAAUUUGGUAGGCUUAGGUCUCAAAUUCAUCUUGAGAACAUUUUUUUUGAGGUAGUAAUUUCCUCAAAGGACUAUUGUGUUUUGUUUGAUUUUUUUCUGAGCUACCUGGACUCUUUAUUAGAACAAUCAGUCAUUUUCCUUUGGACCUACAAUUUUUUGCCUAUGCUGCAGCCACUUUGUGAGUGAGAAUGAAUGUGUCUGUGCACACACAAGUGUGUGUGUGCACAUGGGUCAGAAUGAAUGGGGGUGUGUGUGUGUGAGGGAUACCUCAAAUUUUUCUUUUCUUAUUUUGUGUGAAAAUCUCUUUUCUACAGAUUUUCCAGGGUUUAAGCAUUGCUUGCUGUAUAAAAAACUUUACUGAAUUAUAUACAGUUUGAAUGAAAUGUUAUUUUAAAAACAAAACAAUUGUUAAGUGUUCCACAAAAGUUAUGUUGAAUUUUGGUCAGAUGAAUAUUUGUAAGUAAAAAAUAUAUGCAUUUCUGAACCUCAA